UAAGCCCGGGCUGACAUGUUGCCGAGAGGCCUAUCAGCAGUGAGGAUUUCUGCUCAGGCUCCUGCAGGGGCGGCUAAUCAGGACCCACAGCUUGUGUGGCUGAAUGGUUUGUUUUCCAGCCGCUCUCACUGGCUGCCAGAACAGAUCUGUGCUACAGGGAGCUGGAGGCGAACCUCCUGUGUGCAGGAAAACAUGCAGGCUGGGAAAAUUCAGAGUCUGACUGAGGAGGAGAGAACCCACCUUCUCCCCCUGCUACGCAACGCUCAGUGGGUGGAGGUUGUGGGACGGGACGCCAUUUACAAAGAGUUUAUUUUCAAAGACUUCAAUCAGGCUUUUGGUUUCAUGUCCAGAGUGGCUUUGCAAGCAGAGAAGAUGGACCACCACCCUGAGUGGUUCAAUGUCUAUAACAAGGUCCAGAUCACCCUGAGCACACAUGACUGUGGGGGACUGUCCCAGCGGGACAUCACUUUGGCCACCUUCAUUGACCAGGCAUCCCUGAUGUGAGCAACUGUUCAUCAGCUCCUCGCCAUUCAUUCGUCUGAGGAAUAUGUGACCUGCCAAUCCAAAGAUGCCUUAAUGUUCCUCUCAGUACUGCAAAGGGUCCAAUGUGUGUAUUAAAGAUAUGGUGUUUGUUUUAGCGUGAUGAAUAGAUGAACCAACGGUAAAAUAAUGUUUACACUUCAAGUAAGUCAUAAGCAAACAUUUUAUGUGUCAUGUUUUGGUACCAAACUCAAUCUCCUUGUCAUAACUAAAAAAAACAAAAACAAAUAAAUGUUACCAGAC